UCCGCGCGCCUCUAGUUCCGCCGUCUUCUCGCGCUCCGUGCGUGUCCUCUCGCUGCCCUUUCCUCCGCCUCCCUUACGCCUGGGCCAGUGAUAGGGAGUCGGCUCCACGCCGAUUCAGCCCGCGGGCGAGGCAGGCUAACGCACUACUGCGCGAUGUGGCCCCUAUGGUGACACGCGCUGCAGCCGCGAAGGCCGGAAGCUGGGGCGGCCCCGGGCCUCGGGCUGGGCCUGGGAGGCGAAACUCAGCCUCCUUCGUUUCCGACUUUUCCAUCCGCGUCCCCCACUUCCCCGUCCCCCCCUCCUCCAUUGCCAACAUUCUGGCUGAGUCACGGCGCCCCAGAGCGCGCCAGGCUGGGGGAAAGGAACGGAGGGGAGGGCCCUAGCGACCCGCGGGAUGUGGUCCGAGUCACGUCCGAGGGGGGUGGGGGGGAUCGUGUUCUCGGCACCCGCCCCUUCCUAGCGCGGCCUCUGGGCUGCGUCUCUCGGGGGCGGCCCGUAGCCCAGUCCAUCGCCUGCCAUUGGAUGCCGCCCGCUUCUCGUAAAGGAAAAAGCUCGGCGGAGGGCGGAGUGGUGCCUUUAAAAGGCCGGGCGCCGCCUUUCUCCUGCCCGCCCCCUGCGCCGCCCCUUCCGAGGCUAAAUCGGCUGCGUUCCUCUCGGAACGCGCCGCAGAAGGGGUCCUGGUGACGAGUGCCGCGUUCGCUCCCUGAGUCCACUCGCCAGCCCGCCGCCCUCUGCCGCCGCACCCUGCACACCCGCCCCUCUUCUGUGCCAGGAACUUGCUACUACCAGCACCAUGCCCUACCAAUAUCCAGCACUGACCCCGGAGCAGAAGAAGGAGCUGUCUGACAUCGCUCACCGCAUCGUGGCACCCGGCAAAGGCAUCCUGGCUGCAGAUGAGUCCACUGGGAGCAUUGCCAAGCGGCUGCAGUCCAUUGGCACCGAGAACACCGAGGAGAACCGGCGCUUCUACCGCCAGCUGCUGCUGACAGCUGACGACCGUGUGAACCCCUGCAUCGGGGGUGUCAUCCUCUUCCACGAGACACUCUACCAGAAGGCGGAUGAUGGGCGUCCCUUCCCCCAAGUUAUUAAAUCCAAGGGUGGUGUUGUGGGCAUCAAGGUAGACAAGGGCGUGGUCCCUCUGGCAGGGACAAAUGGCGAGACUACCACCCAAGGGUUGGAUGGGCUGUCUGAGCGCUGUGCCCAGUACAAGAAGGAUGGAGCUGACUUCGCCAAGUGGCGUUGUGUGCUGAAGAUUGGGGAACACACCCCCUCAGCCCUUGCCAUCAUGGAAAAUGCCAAUGUCCUGGCCCGUUAUGCCAGCAUCUGCCAGCAGAAUGGCAUUGUGCCCAUUGUGGAGCCUGAGAUCCUCCCUGAUGGGGACCAUGACUUGAAGCGCUGCCAGUAUGUGACCGAGAAAGUGCUGGCUGCUGUCUACAAGGCUCUGAGUGACCACCACAUCUACCUGGAAGGCACCUUGCUGAAGCCCAACAUGGUCACCCCAGGCCACGCUUGCACCCAGAAGUUUUCUCACGAGGAGAUUGCCAUGGCGACCGUCACAGCACUGCGCCGCACAGUGCCCCCUGCUGUCACUGGGAUCACCUUCCUGUCUGGAGGCCAGAGUGAGGAGGAGGCAUCCAUCAACCUCAAUGCCAUUAACAAGUGCCCCCUGCUGAAGCCCUGGGCCCUGACCUUCUCCUACGGCCGGGCCCUGCAGGCCUCUGCCCUGAAGGCCUGGGGCGGAAAGAAGGAGAACCUGAAGGCUGCGCAGGAGGAGUACGUCAAGCGAGCCCUGGCCAACAGCCUCGCCUGUCAAGGAAAGUACACUCCGAGCGGUCAGGCUGGGGCUGCUGCCAGCGAGUCCCUCUUCGUCUCUAACCACGCCUAUUAAGGGGAGGUGUUCCCAGGCUGCCCCCAACACUCCAGGCCCCGCCCCCUCCCACUCUUGAAGAGGGGGCCUCCUCCUCGGGGCUCCAGGCUGGCUUGCCCGUGCUCUUGCCUCCCUCGUGACAGUGGUGUGUGGUGUCGUCUGUGAAUGCUAAGUCCAUCACCCCUUCCAGCACACUGCCAAAUAAACAGCUAUUUAAGGGGGA